GCAGGAACCCUUUCUCCAUCCCGGAAUAUUAAGAAGCAUAAGCUACAGAACACAUGGACCCUGUGGCUUCUGAAUGUCGAUCUCGCCAAGUCGUGGGAGGACAACCUGAACAAGAUUGGCAGCUUCAGCUCCGUCGAGGCCUUCUGGCGAUUGUAUUACCGCAUCGAGCCGCCUUCAAAGCUCAAACUGGGCAGUGAUUACUCGCUCUUUAAAGAGAAUAUUAGUCCUAUGUGGGAGGACCCGUCAAAUGUGCAGGGCGUUCGUUGGUUGAUCAUAGUAAAUAGAAACUCCCAUGACGAAACGGACCAUAUGUGGCUCGAUGUUUUGCUUUGCCUCAUUGGCGAGGCCUGCCAUCAUUGCGAUCAGAUCUGCGGAGCUGUCGUUAGGAUUCGCCGAAAGGUCCAUAAGAUCUCCAUCUGGACUAAUGAUGCCAAGGACGAGGAGGCCAUCCUAGAGAUUGGCUGCAAACUACGCGAAGUGGUGCGCCUGGGAAACAAUACCUCUCUUCAGUACCGGGUGCACAAUAAGGUCGACUCCCUGGACUCCAAGUCAUUAUUUUUACUCAGAUAAUGUAACAAGUUUUAGAUCUAUCAAUUAUAUUUUUUAUUUUGAAUAGCUUUUAAAUGCUUAAAAAUAUCACAUUUUUAUAAUCGACUCCUAUCUUCUUUCGUUGCGAUCUUGUCAGAAACUGAAAAGGCUUUGUUGUAAUCCGUAAUCGGAUACUGUUUGAGAAUUAAAAUUUUGAUUUAAAAGGGUAUGCAUUUGAUAUAAAUAUGUUAUAGUUUUCGAAUGUAACAAAACAAAUCCGAAACAGCAAAGAGCCAAAUAUACCUAAAGUAUUGCAAAACAA